AUGAUUAAAAGAAGUACACAAAUGAAGAAAUUUACAAAUAUUUUUUUAUUAUUCCUUCUUAUUUCACUAUCUAGAUGCUUUAUUAUUGAAUAUCUUUCAUAUGAUUUUACACUAUUUUGUCCAUACAGUAGUGUAACCAAAAAAUGUGCAGUCAUUAAUUCAAAUUCAUUUUAUUAUAAUGAAGAUCAACAAUCACAAUUAACCACUGGUACCUCUCAACUCAAUAUAGCUUCACCAGAUCCAACAAUAACAUUAAUUGAUAGAAAUAAUAUAAAAACUAGUCUAUCUUGUAAUGUAAUUCCAAAAGGUGGUGGUAAUAUAAGAGGACCAUUCUUUUGUAUAAUUCCAAAGAAUUUAACAAUUUCUGAACCAGUUGUAAUUAACUUUUUAUUUUCAAAUGACUCAGUUUUAACAAGUGGUGGUGUUUACGAUUCAAAUGUAACCAUUUCAUUCAAUGAACAAGCUAUAUCAGAAAUUGAUAUAAAUAAAGAUAUAAUUACAAUCAAAGGUGAUGCAUUAUUACCAAGAAAUGGUAUUGCUACAAAAGAUAAUGGUAUGACAAUUACUGGAAAAUUUAAUAAUGGUACAAUAUCUGAAAGUUUAAAAUGUUUUGUACAAGUUGAUUUUAAACAAUGGACUUGUAAAACAAAUAAUAAACAAUAUCUAUCAAAUCAAUUUGAAAUUAUUUAUACAUACCAAUAUCCAACACAAUUAAAAACUACAAAUUUUAUUGUUAAUUCUUCAUCAUCAUCCUCUUCUUCAUCAUCAUCUUCUUCAUUAUCUUCAUCACCAUCACCACAUCCAAAUUCUAAAGCUUCCUAUUUUAAUUCAAUAAUUUCUUUUGCUUUAAUCUGUGUUUUUUUUAAUUGA